AUGAGUACGUUGCUGCUCGUGCUGUUCCUGGCCAACGUCAGCACCGCCGAUGCCGACAGAUGGUUAGUCGGCGCGAGCGUGCACCUCGUGAUCGUCUGGUUGUUAGUGCCCUUGGUCCUCGCGCUUAUGUGGGUGGCCGUCGCCUUCUUGGUGGUGCAGCGGCCCGUGCUGCUGCGUGAGCUCCAGAGCGUCCUCAGGGGCAAGAGGCAAGCAGGCACCAUCUCCCCGUCGCAGCGCAGCGGCGAGCACUCCGCGCCCUCGAGCGCGCCGGGCUCCCCCAUUGGCUUCCAGGCCUGGGCCGAGAUGUUCGAGAGCUCGCCCAGGCCGCGCGAGGGUCGGGGCCUGCGGGCGCCGAAGAAGGGGGUGCGGCUGGUUGCGGCGGCCGCGGCCGUGGCGAGGUGCUGCGGCGCCAGGGAGAGGGCCAGCAGCUUACCGCGCUCGCAGUCCUUGAGCUCUCCGCUUGACUCGUUCAACAGCGCCGACUCGUUCUCCAUGGCCUUCAUCAUGGUGGGUGUGACGAUGCCCUACGCCCCCUUCUGCUUCCCAAGAAUGCCUGCGCACGUGUGUUCAGGCUGGUUCAGCCAGAGGCGCGACCCCGUCGCGGCGGUCGCUCGCGGGCGUCCUGAGGGCAAGGCCGGUCUGCGGCAGGGUUGCCUGCCGACGUCCCUGGACGAGUUCGGUGUCUUUGCGCUGGACGACCUGGGCGUGUUCUGCGCAGAUGGUGGCGCCGGCGCCGAGUGGCCUAAGCGGCCCGCGCAGCUCCGCGGGCCGCACCCCCUCGGGUUCCUGGUGAAGGACCGCUUCCCCGAGUUCAGGGAGAUGGCCUGCAAGUGCAACGGCAUGCUGCCGACGCUGAACGGGCCCCCGCGCCGGAGCCACUCGCUGGGCGGCGGGUCCACCUACGACCUCGCCGCCCGCAUGAUGGGGAAGACCACCAGCAUGGCCAGCGGCGCCACCGCCAGCGGGACGCUCGGGGACGGCCCCCACCCUGGCGCCUUCAUGCGGCAGUUCUUCCAGGCCGUGGGGGAGGUGCAGGGCCACAUCGCCAGAGGUAGGGCCGACGUCGGCAAGAUGGCCGAGACGGUGGAGGUCGCCCUCGCGGCCACCAGCCAGGCGCAGGAGAAGGAGGCCUCGGACAUCCUGGGGGCCCUGACGGAGGAGGUGAGCCGCAGCAUUGGCGCCGCCAAGGAGGGCCUCAAGAUAUUGCAAGAGCGCACCGACCAGGAGGCGAAGCUGAGGCCGAGCGCGCAGGAGGUCAAGAUCAGGAACAACAUGCAGCACGCGAUGGCGCGGAAGCACCAGCAGCUGCUGCUCGAGUUCCAGCGGGUGCAGACCGACUACAAAGAAGGUCUCAAGAAGCGGCAGUGCCGGGAGUUGGCGAUCCUCCUGCCCGAGUCCUCGGAGAAGCAGCGGGAGGAGAUGAUCCAGCAAG